UUUCUCCACUACACUCACAAAUUCUUUCACCACCUCCAUUAUACCUCUCCUUCCCACAAACAUCUAUUAAUUCCUCCUCACCCUCAUCUCUCUCACACACACUCCCAAUAAAAUAAUCAACCAUAUACUAUUCACUCACCAUGUCCAUCUCAUUGCAAAACGACACCGUUCAAGCCUCCUCCUCAUCCUCAAGACCAGGAGCCACCGCCGAUCAGCCAUCGGCGGUAGCUCCUUUAAGCCGCUACGAAUCACAAAAGAAACGAGACUGGAACACGUUUGGACAAUACCUAAGAAACCAAACACCACCUGUUUCUUUGUCUCAGUGCAACUUCAACCAUGUACUUGAGUUUCUUCGUUACUUGGACCAAUUUGGAAAGACUAAGGUUCAUUUACACGGUUGCAUCUUUUUCGGACAGCCCGAUCCGCCCGCGCCGUGCACUUGUCCGUUGAGACAAGCUUGGGGGAGCCUCGAUGCACUCAUCGGACGGCUUAGAGCCGCGUACGAAGAACACGGUGGUUCGCCGGAGAAUAACCCGUUUGGAACCGGAGCUAUUCGGGUUUAUCUUCGGGAAGUUAAGGAGUGUCAAUCCAAAGCUAGAGGGAUUCCUUACACAAAGAAAAAGAAGAAGAGGAGUCAAGUUAAGGGCACUCAUAAUAAUUCUUCUAAGUCCUUCAAGCAGCUAGCAUCUUGAGAUUCAUAGGCCACAAGAAUGACUUACUUGGAUUGGGAACUCAAAACUUGCCAAGGAGAAGGAGCAUGACCUAGCUUGAACUACAAGUAUCAUCUGCACUUCAUCCACUGAAAAUUCAUCACAGGAAAACAUUGGUAGAUCCCAAUUUGUAAAACAUAACAGCAAAAUAAUGUUUUUAAAGUAAGUUUGUUCUGAGUAAGUCUUAAAUAUAUAUAUAUAUAUAUGUACAACAACCUUGUAAGUUUCUUACAUGUUAGACCUCAUCUUCAACCAUGCAACUUUUUCCACUUGUUUUCUCCAUUAUGCCUAUUUUUGACAAUGUCAAACCUGCCACCUGCUUAUAAGGUAAGGAUAUAUUAUAGCAUAUAAACUCUUAUGGUCAAAAAACUCAUU